CUGUCCGCCACCCCAGCGCAACCUGCAGCCGCAGCCAGCACCCGGAUGACGGGCGCGCGUGCGCACUGGCGCAGGGGACGGCGUCCGGCGCGCUCCUCAGAGCCGGCCGCGGCCACCUGGGCGGCGCGACCCCUUGCGUGGGCUGGGAGGUCAGGCACGUCCAACCGCACCAACGUCCGCUGCGCCGCGGUUCUCCCGCCUCUUCGUUAGCCAUUUUCUGGCAGCGUCUGGAGACUUGAGCAACAAUAGUGUCAGGCCCUUCGCGGCAUAGAUAGUUCGCGUGUUACUCAACACAGACCGAGGGGCGUGUGCGCGCCCUGAACCUCCUCCAGAGAGAUACUUUAUCAGACCUGCCGAAUAAUCGAAAAAAAUGUGGCCAGUGUGCACUAAAGAACGAGGCUGCCCGAGUUCCAAUCAAAAGACCGGAAAGAAACCGCGGGGCAGUUUUAGAAAAUAAAGAACGUAGAGGGCUCUGAGGGUGGCCUGGGUGACAGGUCCCACUAACUGGCUCAGGAGGAAACAUGCCUUCAGCCCGGGGAGGCUUCGUUUGUUUCAGGGCUGCCCUACUCGCUAGAAAAUCGGGACAACUGCCCCUCUGCGUUGGCCUCAGGUUACCGUCCUCUCCGGUGGACCUGAGGGCUCAACACGAAAGUGAUCACCGAGUGAGGAAGUUAGUUUAUAAGUACUCGUGACCAUUCUCAUACGGUCCCCGCCAAACUGGGGAUCCCAAGAGCAAUCACCACCUUAUGAGGGACCGGCCUGUACAAGCCUCCCUUAAAGUUUCCCAUGUCUCAAUGGACUCCUGAAUAUAACAAGCUCUAUACCUUAAAAGUGGAUAUGAAGAGUGAGAUUCCUUCUGAUGCGCCCAAGACACAGGAGAGUCUGAAAGGGAUCCUCUUGCAUCCACAGCCCAUUGGGGCAGCCAAAAGUUUUCCUGCAGGAGUUGAGAUGAUUAACAGUAAAGUGGGGAAUGAAUUCUCUCAUUUGUGUGAUGAUUCUCAAAAACAAGAGAAGGACAUGAAUGGUAACCAACAAGAGCAAGAAAAAAGUGUUGUUGUGAGGAAAAAACGCAAAAGCCAGCAGGCUGGCCCUUCUUACAUGCAAAAUUGUGUUAAAGAGAACCAGGGAAUAUUAGGAUUGAGGCAACACCUAGAAACACCAAGCGAUGAAGAUAAUGAUUCCUCUUUUAGUGAUUGUCUUUCUUCUCCUUCAUCUAGUCUGCAUUUUGGAGAUUCUGACACUGUGACUUCAGAUGAGGAUAAAGAAGUCUCUGUAAGACAUUCCCAGGCAAUUUUGAGUGCUAAAAGUAGAACUCAUAGUGCACGGUCCCAAAAGUGGCCUCGGACAGAGACAGAAUCUGUUUCAGGAUUGUUAAUGAAAAGACCCUGUUUUCAUAGCAGUUCAUUAAGGAGACUUCCAUGCAGAAAGAGAUUUGUGAAAAAUAAUUCCUCACAGAGGACACAGAAACAAAAAGAGAGGAUAUUAAUGCAGAGGAAAAAACGAGAAGUAUUAGCCCGAAGAAAAUACGCGUUGCUCCCCAGUUCUAGUAGUUCCAGUGAGAAUGACCUCAGCAGCGAAUCCUCUUCCAGCUCAUCAACUGAAGGAGAAGAAGAUUUGUUUGUUUCUACCAGUGAAAACCACCAAAACAAUCCAACUGUUCCCUCAGGAAGUAUUGAUGAAGAUGUUGUGGUGAUAGAAGCUUCCUCCACUCCCCAGGUCACUGCCAAUGAAGAAAUUAAUGUUACCUCAACUGACAGUGAGGUGGAGAUUGUAACAGUUGGAGAAAGCUAUCGGUCUCGUUCAACUCUUGGACACUCCAGAUCUCAUUGGAGCCAAGGUUCAAAUUCUCAUACAAGUCGGCCACAGGAGCCACGGAACCGCAGUAGGAUCUCUACUGUUAUUCAACCCUUGAGGCAAAAUGCAGCAGAAGUUGUGGACCUUACUGUUGAUGAAGAUGAACCUACUGUAGUACCAACCACUUCUGCAAGAAUGGAAUCACAAACCACAAGCACUUCCAUUAACAAUUCAAAUCCAUCUACCUCUGAGCAGACCUCUGAUACUGCUUCAGCUGUCACUGGUAGUCAACCCCCCACAGUGUCAGAGACUUCAGCUACUCUUACAAGCAAUAGCAUGACUGGUACUUCCAUAGGAGAUGACUCGAGGAGAACUGCAUCUAGUGCUGUAACAGAAGCUGGCCCUCCUGCAAUGCCAAGGUUACCUUCCUGCUGUCCCCAGCACUCACCAUGUGGAGGGUCGUCACAGAAUCACCAUGCAUUAGGACAUCCACACACAAGUUGCUUUCAGCAGCAUGGCCACCAUUUUCAGCAUCAUCACCACCACCAUCAUACUCCCCACCCGGCUGUCCCUGUUUCUCCCUCCUUUAGUGAUCCUACUUGCCCUGUGGAAAGACCUCCACAAGUACAAGCACCUUGUGGAGCCAAUAGUAGUUCUGGUACCAGCUAUCAUGACCAGCAGGCAUUGCCAGUAGACCUGAGCAACAAUGGUAUCAGAAGUCAUGGAAGUGGUGGUUUUCAUGGAGCGUCUGCAUUUGACCCCUGCUGCCCUGUUUCUUCUUCCCGAGCUGCAAUCUUUGGCCAUCAGGCUGCUGCUGCUGCCCCGAGUCAGCCAUUAUCCAUAGACGGCUAUGGAUCAAGCAUGGUUGCGCAGCCCCAGCCCCAGCCCCCUCCACAAGCCUCACUGUCAUCAUGUCGACAUUAUAUGCCACCUCCUUAUGCCUCCUUGACAAGACCACUUCAUCAUCAAGCCUCUGCCUGUCCCCACUCUCAUGGAAACCCUCCUCCUCAGACUCAGCCUCCACCUCAAGUGGAUUAUGUUAUUCCUCAUCCUGUACAUGCUUUCCAUUCUCAGAUAUCUUCUCAUGCAACAUCUCACCCUGUGGCACCCCCACCCCCGACUCAUUUAGCCAGUACAGCUGCACCAAUCCCUCAGCAUCUUCCUCCCACACACCAGCCAAUCUCACACCACAUCCCAGCCGCGGCACCUGCAGCACAGAGACUGCAUCCUCAUGAAGUGAUGCAGAGGAUGGAAGUUCAAAGGAGGAGGAUGAUGCAGCAUCCAACUGGUCUUUUUGUGUUCUGUGUUUCCAGGCGGGCACAUGAACGGCCCCCACCCCAUCCACAUAGGAUGCACCCAAACUAUGGUCAUGGGCAUCAUAUUCAUGUGCCUCAGACUAUGUCCUCACAUCCUCGACAAGCUCCAGAGAGAUCUGCCUGGGAGCUGGGGAUUGAAGCUGGAGUGACUGCGGCCACUUACACGCCUGGAGCGCUGCACCCUCACUUGGCCCAUUACCAUGCGCCACCUCGACUUCACCACUUACAACUAGGAGCUCUUCCUUUAAUGGUUCCUGACAUGGCAGGCUACCCUCAUAUUCGUUACAUUUCAUCAGGAUUGGAUGGAACAUCAUUCAGAGGUCCUUUCAGGGGCAAUUUUGAGGAACUGAUUCAUUUGGAAGAAAGAUUAGGAAAUGUGAAUCGUGGUGCAUCCCAGGGGACAAUUGAAAGAUGUACAUAUCCACAUAAAUACAAAAAGGUAACAACUGAUUGGUUCUCACAGAGGAAACUGCACUGCAAACAAGAUGGGGAAGAAGGAACUGAGGAAGACACAGAGGAAAAAUGUACUAUCUGUUUGUCUAUUUUAGAGGAAGGUGAAGAUGUGAGGCGCCUUCCCUGUAUGCACCUUUUCCACCAAGUGUGUGUUGACCAGUGGUUGAUCACCAAUAAGAAGUGCCCCAUAUGCAGAGUGGACAUUGAGGCCCAGCUGCCAAGUGAAAGUUGACACCAUGUCUCAGAACUCUUGCCCUCCCUCUCAUUCCCAUCCUCCUGGUACUGCAGUCAACCAAAGAUGGCGUGACUUACCUGCGCAGAUUUGGAAGCCUUGAACUUAGAGUGCGGCUCUGCUAUAUGGUACAACUAAUGCUAGACCUACAGUUUAUGUAUACAGUUGAGUUUGAUGUAUUUAUAAAAGCUUUUUUUUUCUAGGUUUGACAUUUUCCUGUAUCAUUUUACUGUAUUUUUGCAUGGUUCCUUGUAUUGCAUUUCUUUGCACAUAUUAUGGGCUUGUGACCCUAAACUUGCAGGCAAGAUUAGCUGCUUUAGUAAGUAGAAUUUUGUGGUCUUUUUGUUUUUUACAUAGUACCAGGUCUUGAGAAUUAUGAAUUUUUUUUAUCCAUUACUAACCUUUAAUUUAAUCAAUCAUGUGCUUUAGUUUAAUGUAUAAAGAUCCUCUAGAAAAUGAUAAUAUUGUGUAUUAAGACAUUCCUUAAUUAGGACAAAAUGGCUGCUGUAUAUUUACAAUAUGGAGUUCUGAGUUAAAUACCAUCCUUAAUACUGGGAACAGAAUACAAACCAUAUUCAAUCAGAUGCAGGUGGUAUUCACAUCACCAGAGUGAUCAAUAGACAUGUUCUUGGUGUAUCCUUUUCCUUUCAGCACAACGCAGAUAGAGUUGAAUAUUGAUAUCAUACAUAUAGACUGCUGUUCUGAUUGUAUUUAUCUUUUUCCUACAUCAUUUAGAACUUUAUUUCCCUGAUUCAGUUUUUGCUGCUGUGAAACAGCUCUGAUGAACACUAAAUAUUAAUUUCAAUUAGCUGGAUUGUACAUACUUGCAGAUUUAACAAAAUUUUAGGGAAAUUGAAGAAGACAUGUAGAAUUUUGUUCAGUCUUCUGCUAAGCACGUUACAGUAACGAUAUCUGCUUAACAUUGAUUUUGUAAUAAACACAGUCAGGAGUUAGAAUUGCAGUCAUUGGCAGGUAUCUAUGCAUUCAUAGAACUUCUAAAGGUCCCAGGAUCACUUUUAAGGGAUUUUAUUAGUUUAAAGAUAAAUAAAGUCAGCUGAAUCUACAUGUCUCUUGUUUUAUUUCUCUUUAAACUUGAAAACAGUAAAUCUGCAGAUACUGUGAGGCACAAACCUACUGUUGCUCUGGUUUUAGACGCCCACUUCAUACAUUACCAAGAGUCGAUCACUGAUUUAAAAAUUUUAAUUUCUAUAGUUAAGAUUUACUGCAUAAUAUAGAAUAUAAAGUUAAGUUAACGUACUAACAUUUCUCCUUUGGAGAAAGUUUUAAUCCACUUCAGGAUGCAUAUUAUCAAGAUACUUUCAUAUACAGGAUAGCCUAAUUUUAUUUGUCUAAAUAUGCUUAAUAUGCCCCAGAUUGCAAAUGCAUCAGUCAGUAACGUCACUGUCUGUAUGUGGAAGACAUGUUCCCAUGGAUCAUAUGUGAAGAUGUCAAUAAGCUUGCAUUAAGCCACCUGCUUUGUAAGUGGAUUGAUUAAUAAAUAACUUAUAUUUCUAUUGUC